AUGGUUGCAGCUUCAGAGACAUUGAUAAAGACGAAAGGUUCAGGCGGUAAAAAGAUUUCCAAACCGCUAAUGGAAAAAAAGAGAAGAGCGCGCAUAAAUACCAGCUUGGAUCAGCUAAAAACCCUACUGGAAGGCUUCUACUCCAACAAUAUCCGGAAGCGGAAAUUUGAAAAAGCGGACAUUUUGGAACUAACAGUGAAGCACCUGAAGCAUCUUCAAAACAAUCAGAAAGUAUCCGCCGUUAACUCUGCUAUCACUGAGUAUCAGGCCGGUUUCAGGACCUGUAUCGCCGGUGUGCAUCAGUAUCUUCUCAUGAGCAACGCAAACCCUGCGCUCAGGUCUAACGCGCUCGCGCACCUGUCUAACGCACUCCUCUGCCUCAGCGCUCGACUGCCAGAUUCCAGCACCGCGGACAGCGACGGCUCCUUAAAGGCUCGCGCUCCCACUUCUCCUCGCACCAACGACAUGUGCCUCCUGAAUGACGUCAAAGCGUCUCAAAGCGUUAAACAAAAACGGACUGAAAUCUCCAACAAAGACAAAACACCACACAAGCACAUCGGUGUUAACCGAAGCUGUAGUGCUACUACAAACUUACAGCACAAUUACUGGCGGCCCUGGUAGCUUCUUAUAGACUUUCUGCCUCCUUGUAGACGUGUAUAGAUAUUAUUAACAAAUUGUUUAUUAUUAUAGAUAUAUAGAUUUGUACUUUUAUGUUGAAUAGGAUCGUACUGUAUAAUGCUUGUGUAAAUGUUUAUUUUUCAUAAUAAAAUAUUUUUUU